AUGGGCGAUGCAGCCCGCACCAGAGCAGCUCUGAACUUUGUUUGCAGCGCGCUGCACAGAGCCGGUGUGCACUAUGUUGAUGCGGAAUGCCUUCGCCUGGCGAAGCAUGCCGACGCGUCUGUGGGCCCUGCCAUGUGGGCACUUGUAGCUGACCUGCUAGAGUUUUUACAAGUCAGCACGGAGAGUUGGACUCCGAUUCUGCGAGAAUCCCCCAUGGAGUUGUCUGCGCUGGACAAAGACGUUGUGGUCUUUAGACUUAUGCUUUUGGGAUACCCUAGGGCCGAUCAUCUCAUCGACACCAGGGAGUUGCUGCUUGCAGUGGGUUAUUUGUUAAGCACGUCCCAGCUUUUGACGGCAGCCCGUCGCGUGAAGAGCCGCCAUCCAUUGCCACCGUAUCCCGACGAAAUCGCUUGCUCGGAGCGGCCAUCUCCAAUUGGUCGACCCGCAGCGGAUGGCGAUGGACUCUGUCAUAUUCUUCAGCUCCAUGGUCGGUGGCGUGCAGAGAUGAGACGGUUGGAGCAGCUGGAGUCUCACCGUCUCAUGUUGCUGAAGCAAAUGCAAGAACUGUCGUCCAGCAGGCUUCAGACGCACAAGGAUAAGGACAGGACGAGGAAGUUUCUCCAGUCGCCACCAACGCACUAUGAAUUAUUUGUGCUGGAGCGGUCCUUGCAAGAGCACCUGGAAGACUUGCAGCAAUACAUCAGCAAUGUGCAGGCCAACAAGGACGAAGAGCUCUUCUGGCGCUGGAUGGGGAGUGUGUUUCGAGCCGCCGGCGCAGAAGGCAUUGCGGCAGACAACCCUAGCCACGAGAUCAGCCACACCAUGCAGAAUGAGGCUGUUUUGAACAGCCUACAAAGCUUUCGAGAGUCGGCAACUGCGCUGAGAAAAGCUCAAGCCGAACCUCUUCGCCCUGCACCGCGUGACACUCGACACGGGGUGUGCAAAGUUGGAAGCCUGCGUGACCACUGGGAUGCCUUGCACAAGUCUCUUUCGGGUGACACUCAACGGCAGCUAAAGCCAGAGCUUCGAGAUUUGGGAAUUGCCUUCGAUGCUGCAUUCCCGGCUGUUUGGAACGAAAACACGGAGAAAGCAGAAAGCACGAGCAUGCAGCAUGUGGUCCACCGGCCAUCGAGGCUCCCAACCUUCCUGGUCAGGGAAUCACGAGAUGGGUUUGGGAAGCUGGGCACGGCAGCAGCAGGCGUUCAAGAGCACGUGCAUACGAUGCGCACGCGCUACACAUCUACAUUGCAGGAGCACGGGGAGCUUCUUGAGGAAGCAGUUAAGGAGCUUCAUGGUGCACUGGCGAUGCUUGAAGACUUGCGAGUGCUUGCAGUGGGAAAAUGGCAACGGAAAGGGGACAAACCUUGGCCACGGCCAUGCUGCCGCCAUGCUGCCGCCGCUGCCUUGCGAGGCCGGAGGCUUGGGCCCCGCGUCUUCGGGGCUUGGACCUCCCGUGCCCGGUUGAGUCGCCAUGGCCUUAGACUAUCUUAG